AAACGAAUGUAAAUGGCGAUAACUCCACAGGCUUGGCUCAUGUCACAUGAAUGUACUGAUGUCGUGUCAGUGAUGCUGCUGAUGUUGUUGUUGUUUCUCCACUGGAGUCGCCUGUGUGGCUGGGUCAGUCCCGGGGUCGCGCGCACUCGGUGAGCGGCGGCGGCGGCAGCAGCAGCUGAUCUGACUCCUCAGCUGAGCAGGGCAGGGGAGGUCAGACCGCGGGAUUACCGCUCUAAUCCACUCUUCUUUGGAAGGCUGAAGAACACUGAGACUGAAGACGGCUUUACCCACCCAUCGGGCUAAUUUGGGCGUCUUCUUGCGUAACCACAAAACAGGAUAAAUCCCCUUAUUACAUGGAAGGUUCAGCCUCUUGCUCAUGGAUUUCCACGUGUUUCUUUUGGACCAGCAACUGCGCCCACGCGCUUGCUUGACAGAAAUGUGACAAGACUCGUGAGAAGCCAGCCGGGCCAGAAUGGGCCGGAAAGAGAUGACCUGCAACUGGAAGAAGAGCACGGGGAACAUCAAGAAUGUUUUUGACUUCAUGGCAAAGAUGGGCUCCGGCUCGUUCUCGGAGGUCUACAUGGUGAGAGAGAAGAAGAGCGGGAAACUUUAUGCCCUGAAAUGUCUGAAGAAGAAGCACCUGGUGAAGAGCAACCUGGAGAACGAGAUCAACGUCCUCCGCCGGAUCCAGCACGAGAACGUGGUGGGCCUGGAGGACUUCUACGAGAGUCAGACGCACUACUACCUGCUCAUGCAGCUGGUGUCUGGAGGAGAGCUGUUUGAUCGGAUCCUCUCCCAGGGAGUUUUCACUGAGAAGGAUGCCAGUGUGGUCAUCAAGCAGGUGCUCCAGGCUGUUAGCUACCUCCACCAGAACGGCAUCGUGCACAGGGACCUGAAGCCAGAGAACCUGCUGUAUUACAACACGGAUGUCAACGCCAAGAUCAUGGUCAGUGACUUUGGCUUGUCCAAGGCGCCGGAGCACGGCGUGAUGUCCACGGCCUGCGGCACGCCAGGGUAUGUGGCGCCAGAGGUUCUGUCCCGCCAGCCUUACAGCAAAGCAGUGGACUGCUGGUCCAUCGGCGUCAUCACUUACAUCCUGCUGAGCGGCUACCCUCCGUUUUAUGAAGAGGAUGAGACGCACCUCUAUUCCAAGAUCAUGAGAGCAGAGUACAGCUUUCACUCACCCUUCUGGGACCACAUCUCCGACUCAGCCAAAGACUUCAUCAAGAACAUGAUGGAGAAAGACCCCAGCAAGAGGCUGAGCUCGGAGGAGGCCCUCCAACAUCCAUGGAUCGCGGGCGACACGGCCAGAGACCUGGACAUCUACGCCUCAGUCUGUGAGCAGAUGCAGAGGAGCUUCGCCAAGUGCAAGUGGAAGCGAGCCUUCCAUGCCAGCUCAGCCGUCUCCCACAUGAAGAAGCUCUCGCACCGAGAAGCAGCGCCGCUCUCCCUGCCCUCCAUCAUCGUUCAGAGCCGCCCGGACGGCGGACAACACCCGGGACUGGACCCAAACGGGAACCCUUUCCAUGGCGGCGCUGCUGCAGCAAUCAGGAGCUGCCGCAGCCACGGACACGCGCUCACCAUGAGUGAAGCUGGAGACGUCUCUCCGUACCGCUGCGAGAGCGACUCAGUCUGCCUGGAGUCUGUGUGUCAUGGGAAGAACCAGCCGCUUCAGUCAGGCGUCUGCUCGCUCAUGUGAGGCGGAGACCAGCCGGAGACAGACACACAGGUGCUUCCUCUGUCCCACUGGCUCCUCCCACUGUGGUCUGCAGAGUCUCGUCUCACCGUAUCCAUAAAUGCCAAUAUCCUGCUGGGUGUGGACAACAGCUGCAUCCACGUCGGCGCCUGCUCGCCUCAUCCAUCUCAGCGCGUCCGUCCGAGGCUGUUCCCACACACAGGUGCACGGAUGCUCGGAGCGUAGAGGCGAGACACAUGCGGCAACAUCCGUCUUUAUUUUGUAUCAUAUCAUCAAUAAAUAUUCAGAAGUCAAGAGGUCUCCUCGUGUGAAGGGUGGAAGCUGGCACUUGUGCUCAGGCAGAGAAGCUAAAGCUAACAACAAUGCAAAGACCUGGGAAAUAAAUAGGGCUCUAAUACGGCAGUGACGCCACACGGCAGCACGCGCUCAUCUGGAGCAGGUGCUCAGGUCCUCAGCCUUCUUCCUCAGUGUGGCCAGCAGGUCUUGGAGCUUCUCUUCGAGUCCGUCCAGCUGCGCUGCCUUCUGCACCACCUCGUCCUGCAGCUGCCGGAUGGAGUCUGCUUUGCCUGGAGAUCCACGAGUUACAAGUCAGCCAAGUCACAGCUCAACGGCACAAGACUCCCACAUGUUGCAGCAGUGGUUUUUAACCACAGGCCCGGGGCCCAGGGUGGGGCCGCGAGCGCCCCCUAGAGGGCCCUGAGAGGCUCAGUUCGAACCCAUGAGCCACGUGUGGUGGCAGCAGUGAGUCAGUGAACUGACUUGACAGCUGCACAUCUGUGACAGUCACCAACUAUGGAGAAGUUCUUGGAAAGAAACAAUGAUGAAGACAGUGAUGGCGCCCCCUACAGGAAACACUGUUCACCUGUUGGAGCAGUUUUGAAACGGUGAGACUUUGAUUGACACUUGACUUAUGUCUUCUUUGGAGUUUAAAUCAAAUAUAUUGUUUUUAUUUUACAAUAUUUAGACAUGGUUAUCUUUAUUUUAUUCAGAAUUGCAUUCUGUUUUUCCAAUUUUCUCCACAGUUUGCAUCAAGUGUAUUCUUUUUCCUUUUUUUCCUUGAGUAAAUGUGCCUCCAGGGUGCAGAGCCCCGGGAUUAAAAGAAGCUGUUCUCAGCAGCAGAGUGACCCAGGAAGGCGGAGACUCAGGGAACAUUCCUGGCUCUUCCUCUCUGUCUCCAGCUCCACGGCGGCGUCCUGUCUCUGAGCCACACAUCACCCUGCAGCACCUGCACUGGCCCUCAGGAACCCUGUUGGUGGACUUCAGCACCACCCACGACUGCCUGGGACCCUCAACAGGGCCUGGCCCUUCACUGACCAUGUGACCCUGAUCCUGUCCUCCAGAGCUCCUCCUUCAUUCCCACCUCACCCUGCUGUCACAGACCAACCCAGUCACCAGGCCCCACCUGCUCCGUCCUGCCUGCACUCUCCUCUCCACCUCCCAUGAGAGCUGUCCACCGUUCCUUUCAAACCCCAUCCAGAUGUUUCUCAACCUUGAAAACACACGGACCCGCCGUACCUUUGAGAGCGUCGGCCAUGGUGUCCGUGGUGUUGGUCAGAUCCACAGCGUCCUGUCGCAGCUUGGCCAGUCGGUCCUCCGGUGUUCCUCCAUCUGGCGUCGUUCCUUUGUCGGUCAAGUCUUUCAGCUCCCUCACUUUGUCUUCCAACACCUUCAUGUCCUGAGCAUGCAUCGUAGACAGUUUAGUGUGGUGCGUUUAGUUGUUCAGAGCCACCUUUUAAAGCCCAGAGCAGACGUUGACAGUCCAUGAGCAUCAAUACAGUUUGGAAGUCAGACAGGUCAGGUUAGCCGUUAGCUCUGUUAGCUCUGCGCCGCAGACAGUCUUUGGCCUGGUGGCGGCUCCCUCCCUCCCUCCCUCCCUCCAUGGUUCUGUGGUGAAGGUGUGUGGUCCAGUUAGAGGCGCAUCAGCUUUAGAAACAGCUGGAAGUUGUUGAAGCACGUGAGCGGCUUCUUGGCUGUGAGUGUGUGGGAAGAGGAGCGCGGCGCACCACAGCAGCGCUGCUUUGACUGAGGGAGGGAUCAGCAUCAGCAUCAACACACACUACAGUAGAGUGGAGAGAAAGAAUGGCAGCCAGUCCAUGGGAUCGUCUCCUCACCUUGGUUGCUCCUCAACACCUUCUCACUGUCAUGACUGUCAUGGCGUCAUAUCGCCGCCUCUGUCUCCGGACACAUGAGGUGACGCUGGAUCUGUUGUGUCCCGCGCCACACCUGACACUCUCUCACCCCAGUUUCCAGCCUCACCUGGUCGGCAGCGGUGGCCAUGUCCUUGGCUAAUUGAGCAUCGUCCUGCGCGUCCUGGAGCAGCUGGUCUCCAUUCUGCAGCCUGUCCUCCAGCUCCUCCACCUGGGGCUGCAGCGGCGUCAGCACAGUGCUCGCGUCAUCCAGAGCCUUCUCUGCUGGACUCAGCUGCGCCUCGGCCUGGGUGGAGGAGCCACACGUGAAGGUCAACACCAGCUCUGAAGUGAGCGAAAGAUCUGCGGCGUCACCUCAGUCAGAGUCUUCUUCAGCCCAUCCAUCUGGUCCAUGCUGUCCUGCAGCUUCUCCUCCAGGUCAGACAACACGUUCUCGGUGUUGUCGAACUCCCUCACCAGUUUGGUCACAUUAUUGUUCACGGCCGUGUCCCUGGGAAAAUCCACCACAGACUCAACUGCACAUUCAGCCACACCACCACAGACUGAGCCUGUUGUUGUGACCCGGCUGACUCUGGUGUACAGAGGGAUGCACUCCAAUUCUGCUUUGUGGGUGACUAUACGGAAACACUGGCCGCGGCUCCUAUAAAGGAUCUAUCUAUACGUAUAUAUGGCACACCUGGCCUCCUCCGCCUCCUGCAGUAGUUUGCGGGCGGCUUCCAGCUGAGGUGUAGCUUUGUUCAGCACCUCCGAACUGUCGGGCAACUUUGCCGCCAGAUUCUUCAGCUCCGCCACUUUCCUGUUCAAAGCAUCCAUGCUGAGGGGCAGUUUGACCUUGAGGAUUUUGUCGCUGAUGUCCUGGAUCUGGGUCAGGUUGGGAGCUGGACCUGUUGCAGACAGAGGUGAAGCUCCGGCACGUCUCCUCACAGGAAGCCAACACACCUGACAGCAGGUCUUUCAGCUGCUUCAGGACGUCGCCGGUGUCUUUCAGCUCGCCAUCCAGCUCUUCUCUGGUCUGCUUCACCUUGUCGGACAGCUUCUCUGCAGUUUGCCUCACCUGGUUCGUUUUUUCCUGAGCAUCUUGGAACUGAGGACAGAAGAGAGCAGGGUCUGUGAAGUGCUGCCGUCGCUGCGGGGCACUGUGGGUGGGGACCUUCUCCGCUGCCUCGGUGAUCUUGCUGCUGAGCUUGUCCAGUCGAUCCGUCACCUCCCGGACGUCGGCGUCGGCCCUUUUACUGAGAGGCAGCGCCCCCUGGCACUUGCCCGCCUCACAGAGUGGCGCGCCCUCUGGAGGACACAAGUCUGUGUCGGGACAGGAGAGCGGCGUGCAGGGCCCCGCGCCGGUGCUGCCGCACACCUGGAGGCAGACGCCCAUCCCACAGCUGUUGAGACGGCCAGUGUGCGGUCACUUGUCCGAGUCACCCACCUGCUUGGCGGCGGCGGUGAGGUCGGGCUGGUUGGCCAUGCUGGUGCUGAGCUUGCUCAGCUCACGAGUAUUGGCCGGCUGGACUUGUUUCUGUCGAUCCACCGCAUCCUCCCUGAGAGCCUCAGACUGGCGCACCGUGUCUUUCGUGUCCUCCACCUUGGCAGCUGAUGCUUUGGACUCAUCGUAGGCUUUUCUGAUGGCUGCCAGCAGAGCUGCGUGGAGAACAUCAUCAGUGCAAGUCUGCUCCUGGAGGGGCGGACACCACACCCCAGUGCCAUGUGAGUGAAGGACUGAGCCUUGGCUUCCACGGCGAGUCGCUUUUCUCCACCUCAGCCUGUCUGCUCGCAGCUGUCCUCCUCCAUCACAUCCAUCAACCUGGAGCCUUCUGCCUGGUGCAGACCUUCCCUGUCUCUCCUCUCCAUAUGUCCCUGCCUCAGCCUCGCUUUGUCUCCAAUGAAAAACAAACGUCCCUGAGUCUGGAGGUGUCUCCUGAGCUCAGACUGAGACGUGUGUCGGUGAGUUUACAGCGAGCGCACACACUGCUCUGUCUGUGGACGAGGGAUGAGCGAGUCGACCGGUGUCAUGAUCAAAGGUUCCCUGGAUUCAAAAUCACUUUUUCCAACUAUGCGGGCACCUGUCACUGAGCAGCCGACCUUCACACGCGUGUCUCACCGUCACUGUUGGGGUCCACAGUGUUUGUGUGACCGUCCUUCUUGUUGUUGUACAGCAAGGUCAGUCCGUCCAGCAGAGCCUGCAGUCUGUCCAGCUCUGCUGUCAGCCCCGGAGUCUUCUGGAGGGGGGAGAGGUUCUUGUCUGCCUCGUCUGCCCGGUCUCUGUGGGCGUGGCAGAAGGUCACACAGGAAUCAACUGCUGUGAGCAGUGACAACUCCAUAACGUCGACAACAACAAUCCGUCCACGUCCAAAUCUGUGUGUCGAUGCGUCGUGUUGCUGCUGGUGUAAACACACACCCGGCCGCAGGAUGGCCAUCCAGAACUGGUUGUUAUUGAGCGUCUGAAGGACGAGCAAAGCCCUCCACACCAUGGUGGAGUGGUGGGAGAGAGUUUGGUGUGUGACGCCACAGGGCUAACAGCUAGCUAGCAUGUGGGUUAGCACGCCGCUCACUUGCUGUAGAUGCAGUCAAGUGUCCUGGGUCUCUCUCCUCCUGAGAACAACCAGAACUGAACUAGUCACUAGCGACACUCAACACAUGGUUCCAGAUUAGGACUCAAAUAAGACCUUUGGAUGUGGAUCAGAUGUUUUAUAUGGGAGACGCGUGUGUAGAGUGAGGAUUUGAACUCCUUCUCAGGGACCAAUAAAGAGCUCCGUUCUAAAGCGCCGCAGCUCUCUCUGUGCACUGUUUGAUGCUGCUGUGUUAGCUGCAGCCCGAGAGAGAAGCCCACCUCAGUUGGUCCAGCUCUGUCAAAGCCUUGUCGAUCUGCUGCGCCACCGCUGGUGGAAAUGAGAGGGAGUCCUUCAACUGCUUCAGCGCCUCCUCCAGGUCACGGAUCCGGGGUUCAAACUUCCCCAGGUCACCGGGGGAGGUGGUGGGGAUCUGCUGAGAGAGCUUCUGCAGGUCGGCGCUGAGGCUCCUGCGCUGACCGUCCAAGUCGAAGUAGCAUAAGGGGCAGGACAUGCAGUCGGGGAAGGAGUCGCAGUGUCCAGGCCUGCAGGAGUCACAGCGAGUCCCAGCCACCCCCGGGCGACACAAGCAGGCGCCCGUCUGCUUGUUGCACACCUCUGGAAGAGUCCCUUCCUUGUUGCACAGACAGGCUGGUGUGGAGAGACACACGGAGAAGCUCUGUGAGACACACGUCAUCGCGCUCUCUGGCCGUGACGCCCGAGCAUCUGUCAUCACCGAACCUGGACAGACCUGCUCCAGCCGCCAUGGUCAGACCUGAGGUGGCACACGCCUGUGCAUGUGUUUUACAUUGAGCUGACUCGGACAGCAGGUGGCCGUAAGGUCCUGGAGCUCCUGCAGUGGACCAUUGUAGGAAAGGUGUGGGCAAAUGCUGUGGCCCCUACAGUGCCAGGCCUGCGCCCGAGCUUUGCUCCCACUGAGCAUGGACACCACCUCGGUCACAGCUACUGGCUGCACAGGCGGGUGCCGUCAUGUCGUGCAGAUCCGUGUGUGGAAAUGGGACUCACGCUUGCAGCCGAUCAGAGGCUCUCCGUACGAGUUGUCCGGACACUCUGUGCACCUUCGGCCGCCAAAGCCCGGCUUGCACUCGCACUGACCCGUCAGCUGUGAAGAACACACAGUGACGGAGAAACAUCAACCUGGUGUCACAUCAAAGUUGAUUCCUGUCAGUGGUGUAAAGAGGGCCGUGUCCUCAGAGCACGUGGCAACAGCAUCUUCCCAGCAGGUGAAGUACAACUCUGCUGCACAACUCCUCAAACACUUUUCUUCUUAACACAGUCUCAGAUCUUCCUCUGUGAGCCCAAAUGGCUUCAGCAGCACUUUAUCUUCACUGGGGAUGGGCGAGCUAGCACCAUAAACGUUGUCACUUCAGCGACAAUGAUGAGGAUGAACCCACGUUCCUCUCCUCCAUGUGUCGGACGCUACAGUCUCUCUGUUGGAUGAUGGAACUCAGGAGUGGAGUUGGUCUCCAGCAUCAAUAGAAGAGUGAAGUCUGCAGUGCAGAGAUGAGCAACUCAAUGUUUCAGGUCUCUGGUAGAAGCCGCUGGUGUCUGACAGGCUGCUCUGCCAGCUUUAUUUAGGGCUUCAAUGGAGCCGUCUGUCUGUCUGUCUGUCUGCUGUGUCUCGUGUCUCUGAACAGUUGAACUAUGGAGCAGUCUGGACACAGUUCCUAGAUGCUGCUGGAGAAACCAUCAGGUGAAGAAAUGAUCAUGGAGUCUCCAGACUCAUGAUGAGUCUGACUCAUCCUCUUCACACUCAGGUGUUGUGUCUGGCUCCCACUGAGCUUCGUUCCUCUCCACUCCAGCUCGUACUUCCACCUCUCCAUCAGCUACAGGUGCCAUCAGAUGUCAUCGGCGAACAUCAGAGUCCAUGGAGGCUGCUCCCUAACCUGGUCUGUCCAUCACAAUAGCCAACAGGAAUGGGCUGAGAGCAGAGCCCUGCUGGGCUCCUGCUCCUCUCACCUGCCAUCACACUGUCCUCAUCCACGUCCUGCUCCACUGUCACACACUUCCCUGAUGUUCCUCUCACAAUACCACGCUUCCUCAUAACUGUCUAACCCUAACCCUGGACUUUCAAUAGUGGUCGUAAAAUAAAACAAAAUGCUCCGAUCAAACCACAGCUACAGUCGAUGUAACUGCAUGUGACCACUGUGAUUCAAGCUUCAGGACUCGUGUAAUUCUCCCUCAGUCAGAAUCCGCUUCCUUCUGCAGCCUCUCGUGAGACGACAUGUCACCGGUCCUGAACGGCUCCGCCGGAGCCUCAUCAGUGACCCCUGACCUGGUUCCCACUCUGAGUCGGACUGCGGCAGCAGGUCUGAGACCUUUGUGUUUGGUCCUACCAUGUUGCAGGAGUCACCAAGGGAGCGGGAGGCGUCGCAGCGGCAGGGCUCGCAGCCGCCCGACUGGAAAGCUCUCCAGUAGCCGUUGGCGCACACGUCGCAGGUCAGGCCGUGGAAGUGGGGCUGGCAGCGGCACUGUCCGGUGGCGGGGUCGCACACGUCCGACAGGGAGCCCGAGGAGGAGCACUGGCACUCUGGAAGAGGAAGACCGGAGCUCAGCUCUCAGUGCCUCCUGGGCACUGAUGCCUUGGCUCCUGCCACCUACUGGAGCAUCCCAGCGGAUUGGACGGGCUCAGGCUGUGGAAGCCUUUCUUGCAGCGGUCACAGCGAGCGCCUUCCACGUUGAGCUUGCACUGGCAUGUUCCGGUGUCGUCGUCGCACCGACCGCCAUUCACCGAGCCGUCGGCGUUGCAGAAGCAGCCUGAGGAGGACAGAGGGAGCAGCUCAGUCCAGAGGAGCCCGGUCCCCAAGACUGGAGUGGAAGCACAGAUUUGACUGGCAGAGAUGAAGCACCACCAAAUACACGUGAAGAGAGAAAGAACCGUUGUUGUUAUGAAGCAAGUUCAGGCAGAGAAGCCGAGGAUUUGUCUGGAAACUCCAGUCACAUCAUGCAAAAGAGAAGUGAUCCCAUCCAAACAGUGAUUUCAAGUCAGUCCACACAUCAAUGAAGCAUGAGCUAUUUUGCCGCCUCUUUCUGGACACACGGGAAACAAACAGCCUGGCAACAGAACAAGCCAGUGUCAGUAGCUGCAGUGUUUCACCAGUGAACAGGGAGUUUCUACAGGUCUACAGUAACACUCUGGGCUGGGACAGAUCAUCCCACCCCAGUGGCACCUCCACACUGUACCGUGCCACGAUCUUCCUCACCCGGGAAGUUUCUCACGUCGGAGCUCAGCGGUGCAGAAGCAAGAUGGAGUAAAGAGGAAGAU